CCAGCUCGACGUAAACAAAACAGCUGAUCGAGAGACGCCGGCGAAGGUGGUUGCAAAUCCUCUCGGGCGAAAACCACUAAGAUGAAGUUCAUUUUCGUCCUUUCUAUGCUCUGCUUGGCAUCUGGGGCCGUCGUUAAAGCAGCUGAGGUGCUAAGGCCGAGAGGAGUGCCAUUAUCCAAAGCUUCUUUUUAUGACCCAACAAGAGACUUCAACUGCUUAGACGGAUCAGGAACAAUCCCUUUUGCAUACGUUAAUGAUGACUACUGUGACUGUCAGGAUGGCAGUGAUGAACCUGGUACAUCAGCUUGUCCCAAUGGAUUCUUCUACUGCACAAAUGUUGGCCACUCGCCCCUCAACAUCCCAUCAUCCAGAGUAAAUGAUGGUGUUUGCGAUUGCUGUGAUGCAUCGGAUGAGUAUGCCUCGGUCUCCAAUUGUGUGGACACCUGUCGAGAGCUCGGCCGCGCAGCCCGGGAGGAAGCUGCCAAGCAACAAGAGGAGAGACUGAAAGGCUUCCAGAUGCGGCAGUCGAUGAUAGAAGAAGGCCGUAAACGAAAGAAGGAAGCCGAGGUGAAAAUGGACGAGCUCAAGAAAGAGAGAGAGGAAGCAGAAGCUGCCCGAAAUGACAAGGAGGAAAUCAAGAAACUUGUUGAGGAGCCUGAGAAGGAGGCCCUGGAGAAAUACAAUGCCAUUGAGCAGGAAAGAAAGGCUAAGGCUGAUGCAGAACAGAAGGCCAAGGAGGAGGCUGAAGCACGAGAGGCAUUUGCUCACUUGGACAAUGACGGGGAUGGGAUUUUGACGGUUGCUGAACUCCAGUCUCGGCAGACCUUUGAUACAAACAGAGAUGGAGAAGUGACUGCUGAGGAAGCUAAGUUCUACCUACGGCAGGAGGAGACCAUGGACUUGGAGACCUUCCUGGUGUCUGGGUGGCCCAUGAUGCGACCCACGUAUAAGAUGGACCAGAGGAUGUUUGUACCUCCCACCACUGAGGCACCAGCAGAGGCACUAACCCCACCUCCUGUUCCUGGAUCUGAGGGCAAGGAUGAACAGCAAGGAGAGGAGGAUGAACAAUUCGAUGAUGAGGACUUUGACACUGGCCUGGACCCUGAGAUAUCACGCUACGUCAACUCCAGGGCAAAUUGGGAACUCAUGUCGGAUGAAGGUGAUAUGGAAGAGGAUGAUGGAAUUGAAGAUUAUGAUCUCCCUGAGGAUGAUGAUGUUGAAGACAUACCAAAGGAGGAAGAGGAAGAAGAGAUUGACCAGAAAUAUGACGAAGAAACACAAAAACUUGUUGAUGCUGCCAAUAAGGCCAGAGAAGACUUCGAUGAGGCUGACAGGAGAGUGAGGGAUUUAACAAGGGAGUUGCGCUCACUAGAGGAGACUCAAGAGAAAGAUUAUGGUCCUGAGGAGGAAUUUAGAGUUAUGGAUGGAGACUGUUAUGAAUACACGGACAGGGAAUAUACGUACCGUCUCUGUCCGUUCGAUAAGGCUGUACAAAAGCCCAAGUCUGGCCAUGGGGAAAUUCGACUUGGACAGUGGGGUGAAUGGUCAGGCCCAGAGGAGGAUAAAUAUAGCAGAAUGAAAUAUACCAGCGGACAGACUUGCUGGAACGGGCCUGCGAGAUCAGCAGAUGUCCACAUAUAUUGUGGUGUGGAAACCAAGUUGACAGGAGUAUCAGAGCCAAACAGAUGCGAAUACCUCUUUGAGAUGACCACACCAGCUGUGUGUACUAAACCUGAAGACAUUAGUGGCGACGAAGGCACGCCACACGGCCACACAGAGUUGUAGAAAAUGAGUUCGUUGGGGAAAUUUAGAUUUAUUUUAUUACAUGGUUUACUUUUUUUUUUUUCAUACAUGUAGCUCAAAUGUUUUAAGUAAUCUUGAUUUCCCUUGUAAGCAUAAUCUAAGUUUUCAGGUUUUUAAAAAUAAGAAUGUUAAUGAGCAUACGAGCUCAAGUGGGUAUGAAAAUUUUCAUAUUAGCUCUCAGGACCAGUGAUUUCUUUGACUUAUCACAUAUAUCUUUGGUUUAUCAGAAUAUUAUCCAUUGAUUUUGUUGCAUUGUGACUACCUUAUGCAGGAUGCAAUAUAUUGGUAAUCAUUUGUGAAAUUUUAUGGGUUUGGGUGAUUGCCUGUACAUUAUCGUUUGGCUAAAAUAUCAGCUAAAUUUAAUUGGGAUGCCAAUUAUUGAAAAGAUCUUAUUAUCACAGCAUAAAGCAUUUGUAAUUGCGUAUUUUCAUAACAAAUAAGAUAUAAAAUUUAGUUCAUUUAUAUAAUCUAAAACGUUUCAGCUGAACUUAGUUAUCUGUUCUCUAGCUUGUCAAAAAGAGUCACAUACGGGGUGCUGGCCUGAAAUACAUGCCUUUUUUAAACAUAGGUCAGUAAAUCCACAUAGAAUGAUGUCUGUGGCUGUGAUAUGUCGUCAGCAGAUUCUGUCCCAGUAGAAUAAAAGUUGAUUGUUUUUUGCAGCAGAAGAAAAGAACAGAGGUGUGUCUCUGAGAUAUAUCACUUUGGGCUUUGUAUGUUCACUUGUGUUGAUGGAUGAAUUUCACAGCAUCAGGUCAGUGAUAGGAUGUUGAUGUUAUUGUUGAUUACACACAUAGAUUUACACUAAGCAUUCCUUUAACAUUUUUACACCAAUUGGCACAUUUGUGAAGAACAUUAAACAUCAUUGACCAGAAUAUACCAGUGGUUCGUGUAUGAAUUUUGUGUAUGUUAAUCAGGAUACUUGUACCAGUGAGAUAGUACAAAUGAAUGGAAAUGGUUUAGGGAUGCAGGGUCAGAAGAAAAAUAAUUCCAAUGUUGGCUUUUCCUUAAAUAUCUUUUGUUUCCUCAAUUUUGCCUGUUUAUACCUUCUUCUCACUCCUUUCUCCUCUCUUUUCAUCUAUUGGUUUGUUUAAUUUCCUCAUGUGUGUUUCCUCUCUGUUCCCCUAAUGUUAUAUUCUCAUGUUUUUUUUGUUUUUGUUUUUGUUUUUGUUUUUGUGAUCUCCUUUGCACCGUUUGCAGGAUUUGCUCAGAGCCUUAGAUUAACAAGGUAAAUAUUUUUGCAUGAGCCAGAAUGUAGGAGAAAAAGGUAAGAAUGUGUUGGGAAACAUUGGUAAAAAAGUGAAAAAUUUGUUUCCCUCUAAAUUGUUUCCUUUCCAUUUGUCAAACAAGAAAUGUUUAUUCAAGAAUUUGUUAACAGUAUCACUGCAGUCAAAAGUCCUUGAUGAUAAUUUUUUCCUAAUAUAAAUGGACACCGGUUAUGUAAUCAGCCCAUAAUUGUUUGAGAGUCCAAGAUAAUGGGGCAACUGCAAUCUCAACAUUCCUCUCAGAAUAUUCUUGAUAUUUGUCAGUUGUGGUUAAUAAAAUUUUGUAAAGAUC